AUGUCCGUUACAAGCAGCACGUUUUCGCACCCGUCGGCACGUCGCUCCUCAUUAGCGGCUGAGCAUUUCCGGGUAUCCACAGCCUCGUCCGUUUCCCACACAGAAAGCCGUCUGCAACAGCCCAGGCAACUGUUCGCAAGAGCACACAAUGUCGGAACAUCCAUUUCGCCAUCGGGGUGGGUGGCCGCGUAUUCGUCAAAACAGAUACGACUGUACAACGUAAAGGGCGCAAAUAGAAAUCGCGAAAUUUCAAUCGAGACGUCCUUCGACAUCCCUAUGCUUUCGAAACACGAAGAGAUAAGAGAUGCCGCGUUGUCGAACGAUUUAAUUGCCGUCAUCACACAUACUCGACUGCUGGUAUACGAUGAGUAUCGCGGAAGCGGGGGCCAAGUGCGCGAACCUCUGCACGAGCAACGGAUUGACCAGGAUGGAAGCUGGACGCCAAGGUCUCUGGCCAUCUCACAAAUUGGUGCUCCGGGAAAUGACACAGAAGCAACAGCGAGCAUAGCUGUUGGUGGGGAAGGAGAGGGCGGAGUUAAGAUCUUUAGGUAUAGAUACACCGCAGGAUGGAACAGACAGCACGAUCGAAUAGUCCUGAGGUGUCCACGAAAUAAUGGAGCCAUCAAGGUGGUGGGGUUUUCGCCCUCUAGGCCUGAUGCCAUCUUUGGACCAAUGAUAUACGCUUUGACGACGGGCAAUCGGUUGUACUGUUGGGCAAUCAGCCUGAGUCCAAGGGUCGGUUUGAGUAAUCGUGUAGAUCCAAGCUGGCAAAUUGACUGUAACUCGAGCAGCAACGAACGUGCUUAUCGCGACGAGAUAUCGACCGCAACGUUCAUCAUAUCUCCAACGGGAAGACCGUACAUCCUCUGCACCGUGGAUCACAAACCCGGAUCGCACCUCUACCCAACUUUCAUUGUGCCCAUCGAUAUGCUUCAAGAAGAUCCACAGAGCCUUCGACAGUUGAUGAAGCCAAUACCCGAAAGUGCAAUUGGACAGAGUGUUCUUGCAGGUGUCGCAUCUUACAACGGUUACUUUCUGGUGGUAGUGGAGAAAGGGAAGAAGAAUAACGUCUUCAAAUUGCUAAGUCUUCAGGGCGCGGCUGGAGGUGGUUUGACAUGCGCUGCUACUCGGAUGCAAACAUGGGAUGCCAGACUCAAGGCCAAUAGAAUCGAUAGCUCAAGGAUAUCGAUAUCUAUUGAGGAAGAAACGGCUGCUCUUGAGCUGAUUGCGGUGGAUGGACAAGGACACGUUGUCUAUUCAAGGAUUAGCGUACCAGAUAUGCCAAAGACUCGGAUCACCCACGUCACACUACGCACAGCACCGCCUAUCGCUGAGCUUCCGUACAACCCAAAAGGCAUCGUCUUGGAAAUCGCUGAAGUCGUUCCUGGCAUCACAUUCCCAGCUCAGGAGCGACAUAUUCAGGAGUAG